UUCCCAGGAUUUGUGGUUUGCAAGGUUAUAAUUUUUAAAAUUUAAAUUGAAAACAAUAAGAAAUAAAACAUUAUUCUUAGUUACGUAAAAAGUGCUCUAUUGUGAGUUGAGAUAUUACUUCGCACUUCAAAAUUCUUAAAUAUGAGUUUCCCGUCAUCCUUCGAAAGCGCAGAAAAGUAUUUAGAUGAAUGCACGGCCUUCUUUAAAGAGUUUCGAUACGUUUUCUGCCAUCAAAAUAACGAAGUGUUGGUCAAAAAUGUAUUGGAUCACAUAAACGUGUGUAAUUUUGAAAGUGUCGAUGUGUUCGAUAAAAAUUUCGACAUAACACGUUUGAUACAAGAUGACGAUUAUCUUAAGCGAUUUUUUUUCACUUGGGAUAGAUUACAAGUUCAUUUCGACGACGUGGAAGAGAAAGAUUUCGAUAACGAUAUAGAAGCUCCUGUAAGUCCCAAAAAGAGAUAUGAGGUUCUGAAUUUAGUGAACGAAGUGGUUAACAUUUGCGAGAACUAUAAUUGCGAUUUGUUAGUAGAUUUCGGUUCGGGCUUGGGCUACAUCGAUCAACUGAUAUACGAUGUAGCGGAUUACAAGGUAUUAGGAUUAGAAUCCAAUGAUAGUCAUUAUGAUAGUGCACAGAAACGACAAAAGGAAUAUCACACAGACUCAACGUCGAAUGUAAAAUUCUUAAAACACACCGUCAAAGAAGACUCUCAUUUAAAAAUAGCUGAGUAUCUGCAAGAGGUUUUUCCUGACCACGGACAGUUUUGCGUAAUCGGUCUGCACGCAUGCGCUGAUUUGACAGUUGAAGCUAUGUGUAAUUUUUUGAAAAUGCCUGACGCAAAAUCUCUAGCUGUAUUGCCGUGUUGCUAUCACAAAAUGACAAAAGAUGGUGCUAAUUUUAAAUAUUUCCCUUUAAGUGGCAAUUUAAAGAAGAUUUUUGAAAAGCAUGAUGCUUACAGUUUCACAGAUGUGAGUUUCUUGAGAUUAGCAGCUCAUGCCGGCUCCGAACAACGAGAUUUGUAUGAAAAGGUGUUUUCCCUGCUCGUGAGAUCGAUUCUUGAACUUUAUGCUCAUAAUAAUGGUUUAAUUAUAAAGAGGAAUAAAAGAAAAGCUGUCCGGAUGAAAGGCAAGAAGGACUUCGAAACUUACAUUCAAGACGCAGUUAAUACCGGCUACUCUUUAAUUCCAAAACCGAACCCUGCCGAUAUCCAACAGGAAACGUGUAAAAACGAUGAAAUCGUGAACGGUUUUAAUAUGGACGAAUUGAGACGACUUUGGUGGAAAAUAUCGCAAGGUCCAUUGUUCAAAAAAGCGGGAAUUUAUAUUUUGAUGCAAGAAUAUAUGCAGCCAAUUGUCGAAAAUUUUAUUUUACUAGACCGUCUGCUGUUUUUAAAAGAAAAUGGUAUCGAGAAGUGUUGGUAUAAGAAGAUAUUUAACCAAAUAGUUUCUCCUAGGUGUUUAGCUUUAAUUGCUGUUAAAUAAUGUAACAUUUGAGUCCUCUGAAAACGGCAACUUUUCUGGAUAUAUGUAUAUUAUGUAGUUUUUAAAAAGAUCUGAUAUUUUUUGAGAAUUGUUACAAGGUAUGUGAUACCCGUCGUAAAGUUCUGUAAAAUGUAAACUAUUCUCUGUGAUGGCAACUUUUUGGCAAGCCGAUUUGAUAUUUAUAUCAAAAUAAUUUUGGUGUUGUCCAUUUUUGAUAAUAUAAGUUUUUAUAAUUGAGAAUUUCCUUAGCCCAGUGGCUCACACACCAGUGGAAAUCAAGUAGAAAACGAACUUUUCUUUAUUUUCUCGAGUCUAGGUAUGGGUUGUAAUACCUUCUUUGUAUCACUUACUCGUUAUUACGAGGGAUUUAACUUAUCUUGGAAUCUGAGCAAUGUAUGUAUGCGAUGUUGUCUAAUGUCUAAUAUAUUUAUUUAUAACGUAUUAUGAUUAUUAAGAUGAUUAGAUAUACCUAAAACUUUCAUCAUGAGCUUUUAAUGAUAAGACCACAGAACAUAGAGAGAGAAUAGAAGUAUAAUGAUAUUGAUUUAGUAUGGGAACCGAGUGUCGCCUCUCCGCACACAAACACAGAUUAGAUGAAAUGAUCAUUUUGUUCACUACAUGAAAAACUGCCACGCGAUUCGUUCGUGAUAGCAUAAACAGAAUCCCAAAAAGAUACUAAGCUAAGAAAUCACACGAUUAAAAACAAACUCUAAUUCAACGUGAUAAUAAAUAAUUUACUUUAACAUGAAUGUUGAACUGUCACGUGGCUGUAUACGGGGAUACCAGAAGGGAAAAAAUAUUUUAAGAUUAAGCACAUUUUAAAAAAUUGGGGACAUCAUUUUAUGUGCGAACUAUUAAGAUUAGAUUUUGCUGUAACCAAGUGAAUAUUAAAAAAUAACGCUUUUCCCUAUAUAACUUCUUUUAAAAAACGCAGUACAAAAACUAAGAAAACUUAAUGAUAAACUCUAUCAUAUGUCUGCGGAGUAAUAUAAUUAAGCGAGGGAAAGUGUAAAAAAAAACAAAAAUUAAGAAACCAACAGAAUUUUUGUAUUAAUUACAUUAAGCCUAAUUUGUCGUUCAUUUACUGGUAUCAUUCCGAUUGUGCAUAUUAGUGAUGUGACAUAAUAGUAGUUCAUGAAAUAAGAGGUUUAAAUUUUGUUAUGAAACAGUAAAAUGUAAUUCAGUUCGACAAUGUUCUACAGUGGUUUGUUAGUAAUUAUUUAAAGCUUAAUUCAAAUAAAACGAAAUGCAUAAAGUUUGCAUUACCUAAUGUGAGGCAUAUUAAUACACUUAUAAAUGUAAAUAGUGAAAAAGUUGAGUUGGUGAAAUCGACAAAGUUCCUUGGUAUUACACUAAAUUCCCGACUGCAAUGGCAUCCUCAUAUUAAUAAUUUGUCAAGUAGACUGAGUUCUGCAGCAUUUGCUGUUAAGCAAAUUAGACUCUUGACAAAUGUUGAAACGGCAGGAUUGGUAUAUUUUAGUUAUUUUCAUAGUGUAAUGACGUAUAAUCUGUUGUUGUGGGGUUCUGCGGCUAGCAUUCAAGAUAUUUUUAUUCUACAAAAGAGAGCUGUCCAUGCUAUAUAUAAUUUACGGUCUAGAGAAUCUCUCAGAUAAAUAUUUAAAGAAAUAAAUAUUUUGACUGUUGCCUCUCAAUACAUCAAUGAAAAUAUUAUCUACGCAAGAAAACAUUACGAUUCCUUCACAAAAAAAGUAGUGUUCAUAAUCAUAACACAAGAAAUAAAAAUAAACUUGCCGUUCCAAGCUUCUGACUUCAAAAAACCAGAGGAUCAAUGCAUUUACAUUGCUAUGUUCAAUAAAGUUCCACAAAAUGUAGUUUACCUACCCAUAAAUAAAUUUAAAAUUCAUGUAAUGAACAUACUUAUGAGUAAAGGCUAUUAUAAAGUUGAUGAUUAUUUUAAGAAUCGCAAUGCAUGGAAUGAAUAGCCAUCGCUUUGUUCUAUUAAGACUAAUUGUCAAUAUGUUCAACCUAUGUCCUACAGACUUUGAAAGUUGUAUUUAUUAUUGUGAUAAGAUAUGAAAUGACAUGAUUUAUGUAAAUAUCUUAGGGCUGGUAAGUUUCUUUCGCUUGUUCUUCUUGUCAGCUAAAAGACGUCCUGAACAAGUGGUAGGGGAAAAAAAUUUUUUGGACGAUUCAAAAGUGCUUGUAAUAGCCUACUUGAAUAAAGAUAUUUUCAUUUCAUUUCAUAAUAACUAAUAUGAUCAUUACAAUAAUAAAUUGAUCAUAGCC